UCACGUAAUUAUGUGUAUUAGUAGAGCCUUAUAAUUACAUUGCAUAUGCACCGAGUUGGUGCACAAACCGUACGCCAGUAUUGUGUGGCACGUGUGGUCCUGUGCAGGUUUCGCCGCUCAAGCACGCCAUGUCCGAGGGGCGCGAUGUGCAGCACCUUAGGAAGCUGCAACUGUACCAAUCUUUUCAACUGUACCUACGCUGCGCUCAGCUGCUGAGCAAUGUACCAUGCUGUCUGGCCCGAGACCUACCUUCUAGGGCGUACUUUAAGCAGGCCCGAUGUCUGCUCACCGCCGGCACGUUCAUCUGGGUGAUACUGUGCUGCUACGAAGCGACCGUAAAGCUGCUCGAACUGCCGAUCCCGUUCUUUACCGCCGUACUGUACGUGAACGAGAUGGUGCUGAACCUAUGCAUCACCGUGCAGACCAUGCUCAGGGGCUACAGUGAGACGGUACGGUACAGCCAAUGUCUAGAGCGGAUCGUUACCGUUGCCGCGACAGUGUCGUCGUCCGAGUGGACUGAACUGCUGCUCUACCUUCGCCUCAGGCUGUACUGGUUCGGGAUAUUUUUUACUCUUACCUCCGGUGUGGGGCUCGCGGUGGCUCACUUGUUCUAUGGGGGCAUUUGGUCUACACUGUUCACCAUGGGCGCCUAUGUGCUGCCGAACAUGCUGGCGAGCAUGUCGCUAGCACAGUACUAUGCCGGUACGGUACUAAUUUACAAGCUGCAGCAUACAGUUAACCAACAGCUGCGCACUGCCAUUGGCAAGCAUCGCGCAGUACGGUUGCAGGAGAUCAAGCACCUUUACCUACAGCUAGACCACUGCGUACAGCUGAUGACGCGCUCGUACGAAGUGGCGAUCGUGACGAACGUGUUCCUCGCCAUCAAUGUCACCAGUUUGCUGCUGCUGGAGAUCUACCAGUACUUGCAGGCCAACGAACUUCAAGCGAACUCCAUCUACAUCGUGAGCAACGUGAUGUGGCUAGCUCUGUACAUCUGUCUACUUCUUAUGGUGCUUUACCCGUGCGACAUGAUCAAACGCGAGGUAAAUGUUUUUGAAUUGAUGAUAUUUUGUUUCGUUUUUGUCAGCAUCACUUGGACCAUUGCUUUGUCUCUUGCAGCAAAUGCGCUUUGGCACUAUUUUAUUCGAAUUGUCUCACAGCGGCAAAGCAGCGACGGUUGGACUGUGUUUUAUUUCGCAUCUCCACAGCAGAUGGCACUCCUGCGAUUGCUAACACUGGGCAGAAAGCGGAUCGUCCCGACAGCCUGCGGUUUGCUGAAGCUCGAGCUGUCUUCACUAUCCUCGGUAAGCGGCCGGGGGGUGUGUUUCUACACGCUCAUCCUCGUUCUCACCUUCCGUUUGCAGAUCUUUGUUGCGCUCCUUUCGUUCAUGAUCAUACUGAUACAGUUCGAUUCGGCCAAGCUGAACAAACGCGACGGGCGCGUUACGGCGAUCGAUCAACUUUACACCCCCACCAACUCAUGAAGCUGCUGGGGGGGAGCCUGUUGCGGCGUGCUGCUCCAGCAUAUCGAGCAUUAUUUGGCGCCUGUCCGUUACGCACCGUAUGUAAGCGUCGAGUGAU